AAUGUGUCAGACUUUAUCAUCACCGCGAUGCGCGAAAUAAGGUCUUCUCGCUUGAUAACGCAUUUAAUCGUAAUAUUUGAAGCCUAACGAACAGUCACAAUUUUUUUAAAAAAUUCGCGCAAUAUGUGCCAAUCAGUGAUAUUUGUUUUUCUGUUAUUUGGGACUUUUUUAAUACCUCUCGAAGCUGUCAUCGAGAAAUACUUGAAACCUUCAGUUAGUCCAUGUGAAGACUUUUAUCAAUAUGCCUGUGGCAAAUGGAACGAAGUCAAUUCAAACAUUGAAAACGGUGAUACCUUAAGUCUUCUCGAUGCCACCAUGAACGAGAAAGUAAGUGGAUUUCUCGAGUCUAAAGAAGAUCAUGGAGUUCUGAAGAAAGUCACAACAUUCUACGAGUCUUGUCGAAAUUUAGAAGACUACAAUAUGAAUCUAUUUUUGAAAGCCAUAAAGCCUCAAAGUGAUUGGGCAGUAUCAAGUUCCUGGGACAAAACCAAAUUUAGCUGGCUUCAAACUCUUGCUGAAUUGAAUAAAAAUGGCGCCCAAAUUUUUCUAGAGCACACUAUUAUGCCGAGAUGGGAUAACUCAAGUGUUAACAUAAUUUACAUCGACGUAGUGGCUUUUCAUCCUAGCUCAGAGGAAUCAAUUAAUGCUAUUCUCAAGAAGGCUUCAAUCAAUAGUAGUUCACUAGCUGAAGAGAUUAUUGAAUUUGAAAAGCUUCUUGCUCCAAUCGUGGCUAAGUCUCAACCAUACGACGAAGAUAAUGAAGCUGAAGAAGUUGUCCUAGGCUAUCUUGGAGAAGCGUUACAACAAAUCAAUUGGUAUCUAUAUUUUAAUACAGUUUUUGGCCAUGAAAUGGAUCCCUACACUCCGAUAAUUAUUCAAAAUUUAGAUAUUGUGAUGAAAAUAGCAGAGCUUUUGAACUCUUCAAAGCCUGAUUUAGUGUGUAACUAUAUAAUGUUCAAAUUCCUGCAGUUUUUGGACCAAUAUAGCAUCGAUAGUAUCAGUCCAAACGAGUGCGUUACGGCACUUCAUCAAGGAAUGCCUUUGGCAGUAGAUCAUAUCAUUGAGAAUCACUUUUACGAGCACGAUUAUGACCAACUUGUUCAAGACCUAUUCAACUAUUUGAAAGUCGAGUUUUUAGCUGGGGUCUCAAAGCUUUAUGAAGAUCAACGUGACGUGCUAUUAUUCAUCUACACCAAAACUUCUGUGAUGGAUCUUCAGAUUGGUAACGCUGACAGAAAUAUGACUUCUGAUGCUGUAGCAAAGUAUUACGCAGGUCUUGACAUUAAGGAAGGAGAUUUUUACAACAAUUUCCUCGAGGCUUUAAAAUAUAAAACCACAAAAUAUUUAAAAUCUAUUAAUGGCGAUCCAAUUCAUAUUGCUUAUCAAUGGAGCGUUACAUCAAGUCCAUUUUUUCUUCAGCCAAGGAAUAAAAUUAUAGUUCCUUACAGUCUUCUUCAAGAGGGUAUCUUUGGCAAGGACAUCACAACAAAUAAAUAUAGUGUCCUAGGAUUUAUAAUUGGUCAUGAAUUUCUUCAUGGUUUCGAUACAAAUGGAAUAAGUUACGAUUAUACCGGUUCAAUGGUUCAAAGUGCCUUGUCAUGUAAUCAAAAAUUUUGGGACAGUGUGCAAUGUGUUCAAGAAGAAAUGGGUAAUAGUGGUGUUACAGAGAAAAUUGCUGAUAUUGGUGGAAUACGUUUGGCUUAUAAUGCUUUUCAAAGGUCGCUGAUUCAAGUUGGUAAGAAUAUUAUGGGAAAAGAGACCGAGGCGGACAGAUCAUUGGGACAAUCGUUCUUUAUUGAUUAUGCACAAUUUUUCUGUGGCAAAACUAAGAAAAGUGCUAAAGGAUUACCUGGACGGGAUGUUCAUGAUGCAGAUGAUUUGAGAAUAAAACGUUCGUUGAUGAGUUUUAAUACAUUUGCAAAUGCUUUUGAAUGUCCUGUGGGAAGUGUUAUGAAUCCGGAAAAGAAGUGUAGAGUUUGGUAAGAGAAAUAAUUUUUGAGGAUUGGAAAGAUUAAUAAAUUGAAUAAAAUUCAAAACUUU